AUGACGACCGUUGAAAGAUGGCAGGGGCAACUGCCGUCCCGCCUUAGAGGCGGCGACGGAAGUUCAACCCAGGUGACUACCCAAGAUAGCCCAGAUGUUGAAUGCCCGGAAGGCCUGAGGCACAAGUUCUCAAACUGGAGAGCUUCUGUUCCUUUCCGUUCCUCUCCAACCAUCACAUCGAAACCUGCACAACAGGUAGAUCCCAAGACACCUCAAUAUGAGGAGUCUGAUUCUGGCAUCGGCAUCACCACGCCAUCAUCUCAAGAUCAUCAUAACGAGCCCCUCGGGUUGGAACUGCCUGGAACUGAGCUCAGGCAUUUCGAUAGACCUGUCUCAGACCGACUGAAAGCGCGAUUCUUCGACAUCAAAGUGCUAUAUACCCAACCACUCCUGGACUACAUCCUCAAAAGGAAGAAGGACCCAGGAGAUAUUUCUAUGAAGCUAAAAUACCUGGGACUUAGCUCACUAAGCGCCCAACUCCAUAUCGUCAUUCAAUGCGAAAGAAAGAUCGCCAAGAGAGUGAGGAAAUUCUUCGCGCAAGGUCAUGUUGAAGAGGAGCUCUUGCCUGACUUUCGGGUCUUUGUGCUGGAAAAGGCACUCUUGCGACUGACGGAUGACGAUGUGAUAGAGGUUCUGACAAACUCUGUGCCAGAGAGAACAUGGUGUGGAACGCCUAUCAGAUUGAGACGAGGCAAUGUGUCUGUCAUAGCGACUUUCGGUGGUAUCAUUGUGGUCGAGGCCACCCACAAGCGUCUAGUUGGCUUGACAGCUGCCCAUUCUCUGAAGAACUUGCACAGUCCUCUGUCUAAUCCGCUAUUAACGCAUGACAGGGAAGUCCCGUUCUCUUCCUCCUCAUCGGACGCUUCCGAGAGCGAAGGUGACUCUGAUUGCGACUCCACAAUCACGACUGAAAGUUCAGUGCAGCAUCCCGAGCAUUUGAAUGACAAGGAGCUGGAUACCACUGCAUCUCAAAACACCCUGGAAAUCGGCACCAUCCUUUGCAAUACAUUCAAUGCUCCGAUGGCACAGAACUAUGACUGGGCUAUUAUCGAUUUGAGCCCAGAAGCAAUGUUACCCAACAGAGUAGUCAUCGAUGGACAGUCUGACUCGUCGGAUUUUGAGGAGGAAAGCGACCUUGAACCCAUCAUGUUUCCAGUUGGGAAUCCCUGUGUAUCAGUGUCUAGGCAAGUCAUGGUACUGAAGCGAGGUGCCAAGCCGAUUGGAGAGAUGUCUCUUGACACCUCCUCUGUGCUGAUAUCCCCUGGAUCAUCGUUCGUUGAGGUCUACGAUCUUGCCAUGGAGUAUGGCUGUUCGUUAAGUCCUGGUGACUCCGGCUCAUGGGUAGUCGAUGCGAAGACCUCCGUAUUAUAUGGCCAUGUUGUUUCGAUUGAUGCCUUUGGAGAGGCCCAAGUGAUGCCUAUCCGUUCCACUCUCGACAGCAUCAAGUUGCAGAUGAAUGCCACACGAGUCUUUCUACCGAAUAGUGAUGAGAUCCAAUUGUUGCAGGAGGAGUUGAGGAUUCGGGCACUACCCAACUCGGAAGUUUCACCGGUCAAUGAAGUGUGCGAAAAGCAGGAAGGUACAGAGACUACUCACACAGAAGAUACGAAGGGAGGCCAAGCUGUAUCAUCCCCGCCUUCGACGGAUGCAUCCGAUGUGGCUUUGUCCAAGCGCGCAGUAUCUCGACAAGAUAUUGUUGCACAAAGUCUCGAGAUCGCUCGUGAAAAUCCUGACGGGGCUUCGUAUCCUUCCAUCAGAGAUAUCCUUGAAUCUGCACUGGAAGAGAUAUGGACCAAGUUACAGGAUCAGCCUGACUCGUAUAUUAUGACGAAAGAUGAGUUUGCCGUCUUCAACUUUUUCCAGCACCGCUUCGCCGGCGAUAAAAUGGCAAUGGCUGCUCGAAAGAGAUACUGGCAAGCAGCAGCACUUAUGGACUCUUCGGAGUCUACCAAGACUGAAAGUGGUGAUCUUGCUCAGAUUGACGCUAUUCGGGAGUUGGUUCAGACCUCGUAUCGCCGCAUCAGUACAUAUGGCCCAGAGUUCACCAAUGUUGCAACUAAAUUGUACAAACUUGAAAUGACUCUCAGGCGACUGCGAGAUGAAGUCGCUGAGGAGCAAGAAGAGUUGCCUGUGCACAUCCAACAAUCCUACACAAUUCACCUCUGUUCCUUAGUCGAGGAUUGGGAUUUUGCCAUGAAGCGAGUCAAUUCUUUGCUUGAUACUUAUCAUGAUGAGGAGAUACGUCUUGCAGGGGAGGAGGCUUCCAAGAGCGGUGAACUGAAGCCCAUAGAGCCUAUCUUGGCCGGCAAAAGGAUGGCAAUUGAGCUGCUUCUAGACUCAAUUCAGUUACAAAAGCCUCAAAUUUACGAUCAACGCCAGUCUGACCUUGAAGAAGAAAUCAAAGACAAGGUCGACCAUAUUGCUGCUCACCUCUUCGCCCACUGGAAUACCGGAUCCUUCUCAGGGAGGAACGAUGAUUUAUGGCGACAUUUCAAGGAACUGCUGGAGAAAGAAGGGUUUUCUUCUCAAGUCCUCAUCAAAAGGAAGGAUGUCCUCAUGGCGUAUAUUAACGACCUGGGAUAUAUUGUAGAUACCACGGCCAAGACACUGUCUCAUACUCGUCAACCACUGAAACGAUCUCAGAAAACUGAACCUCGCGACCGAAAAGAGCUAGGUACGGAGGACAAGUCUGAUACAAGUAUUCAAAUGGACGUCAUUACAACGAAGGACAUCAUUGCUCUAGAUGGAAAGGAUUCGGCCAUUCAAGACUUUCGACCUGCAUUUUCAGGAACGGAACUGAACGCUCUGCAACAGGCCUCGUCAGCACAGGCUCCGCCAAUAGGAACUUUUCUCCCAAUGAAGAAAACGUCACCAAGCUAUGUCUCGUUGCCCGUAUACAGUCUAAAUAAUGAUCCGCCCCGUCUUGCUCCAUCCUCUUGGCAUAUGGCCCCCGAUCAAUACGGUAGAAAAAUCGCCGAUGAUGCCCUUUGGACGAAGAUAUCACGCAAACUUGUCAGCGUCGAGGUUCUGCAACAAGCGGAAUUGCGAUACGAAGAAAGGCCAGAUUACGUGGCCAUACUUGGUGUUUUGUCCAGAGUACAAGUGGCAAAGCUCGUUUACGAGAGCAAAGCGACUAUAAACUCCCGUCCUUCACCGCCGUAUCUUGAAGACGGAAGUUCUUCCGGAAAAGGAAUUUCUGUGUUCGCAAAUACCGACGAUGAAGAAGUAUCCUUCAUCCCUUUGAUCGAGGGUAAUAACAAGAGUAACGCAGCUGUUCGAACGCAUCGAAGGGGGACUACCAAGACACGUCAUAGCGAUGUCGCACGGUAUCCGCCGCGCAGAGGGGCCGAAAAGAAGCAAGAAAAGCCCGGCAGUAGACAAGAGAAGUUCAACGGGAGGUAUUACAAUCGAGCUCCCAAAAUCCCAAGGCGUGAUGGACUUCACCACAGCGUAAGGGCUCAUGAUAAGGGUGGCCGAGGUGGUGUAGUUGGAAUCGGCAGCGCUGCAGUAAGCUUGCUCAGCGUACUAUCUGAGGCUGCAUCAACUUUUUAG